AUGGCCUACUUCAUUCUGCACAUACUUGGCAUCAUCCUGGGGGCAAUUGGUGUGCUACUUACCAUUAUUGUCACAUCAAUGGCCCAGUGGAGGGUCUCCUACAUGGUGGAAGGCAACUCCAUGAACUGUGAUAAACGAAUUGAUGGACUGUAUCUAAGUCGCUGGGAUGGCUUAUGGGUGACCUGCGUGUCCAAGCACCAAGGCAGCAUGCAAUGCAAUAACUACGAUUCCCUGGUGUCCAUCACUACGGACUUGAAGACUGGCAGAGUGCUGAUGUCCUUCGCGGUGGUCAUCGCCAUUAUUGCUUUCAUCAUUGCCAUUGUCGCUUUCUGCUUCUCCCGAUGCUGCAGAGGAGGAGAGGGGAGCAGAUACUGCCUGUUUAUAACAGCUGGAAUUGGAUUUAUUUUGACCGCAAUCCUUGUAGUGAUCCCAAUAAGCUGGACAACCAGCAACAUCAUCUUCGCCAUUAACAACCCUCUGUGCAAAACGGUGCAACGACAAGAAAUAGGGGAAGCUUUGCUCCUUGGCUAUCCCACUAUCCUCUUCCUGCUCAUCACAGGAGCCAUAUUCUGUUGGCCAUACCCACGUCAAGAGAGAUGCAACAGUAUUGAUUCCUGUUCAGACUCUUCUAUCCCAAAACCAGCGUAUAUACAGUGCCAGACCCAGGACAGAAUGCCACCCCAAGCUCAAUAUUCCCGAAGCCAAUACAUCUAA